AAAUGCAAAUUUGACGACUUUCCUGAUGGACAUGUGUGCGUUCCUAUUAGCUUUUUCUUUGCAAACGCAAGAAACGUUGCGGCGAGGUUAUCAAAUGCGUGUAUUUAAUAAUUGAACAUUUUAAUAUCUUUUUCAUUAAGUAGUGCAAGAGAGAGAUAACAGCCAGAAGAAUCAUUGCACCUUUUUUUAAAAAAAAGUCACCCUUAUAUAAACCCUGGAACAGGGAGUUUGGCCCUUUGACUAUAGACUGAGAUAAACUGUAUGGGAUGCACUGUAAACCUGUGACCAAUAGAAAUCCCCGUGUUUAACUAGUAGCUUUCUGGGUCUGCCUCUGCUAACGUCAGUCAUCGCUUAACCGAGUAAGCACACACAAAAAACAUUGCGAGGUUACAACAGAGAAAUGUACGCUGGGAAUUGCACAUCGUCCUCCUGAUAACUCAGAAGCAUUUGUUUUGCACCGGCCCGAAGUGAUCCAGAAAUGCUCUCGAGCCCCGGGUCAUCCACGACACCAUUUUCCGUGAAGGACAUUUUAAACCUGGAGCACCGCUAUCAGAGGCAACGGAUUGCAAGUCAUAUGAGCGCAGUUCCGGACGCUCUCCCUUCCCCGUCUUCCUGUAUGUUGGAGCAGGCAAAUCAAAGCAAGCGCGCCCUCGCUGCCCUUGGGAGUGAGGCUGUCAAAUCCCAAGUACAGAGGGAUGAACCGGAAUUUUCUCACGGCGUGAGUGUAAGCUAUGCUGUGAGCUCCCGUGAAUCACACUCAGACGUCCCUUUCCAGCACAGCAGUCAAGGAAUUUCAAUGGAAAAGCACAUUACACACGAAGCAAAGAAACACGAAGCUUUGGAAGGCUCUGGACGGAGAGUAAGACGGAAACCCCGAGUGUUGUUCUCUCAGGCCCAGGUCUACGAGCUGGAGAGGCGCUUCAAACAGCAAAGGUACCUGUCUGCCCCCGAAAGAGACCACCUGGCCAACGUGUUAAAAUUGACCUCUACACAAGUCAAGAUCUGGUUCCAGAAUCGCAGGUACAAGUGCAAACGGCAGCGGCAGGACAAGAGUCUGGAGCUGGGAGGAGCAGCUCCCACUCCCCGCAGGGUCGCGGUGCCUGUGCUGGUACGUGAUGGGAAACCUUGUCUGGGCGGAUCUCCUUCAUACAGCGCCCCGUAUAACGUCAGCAUGGCACCCUACAGUUACAGCAUAUACCCCACCUACAACACGGCCACAUAUGACGGAGAUUACAGCUGCAUGUACUCGAACAUGCCACCCAUUCAGCAGAGCGCCUCUGCCACCCCCUUCGUCAACAUGAGCAUGAAUUUCAACGUUAACAACAUGGGCUACUCUGCGGCACAGACUCAAGCCCACCAAAGCGCUGGGGUCUCGGCUCUGCAAGGAGCGUUUCAUGGGAUCAGGGCUUGGUGAGACCACAGCUGCCCCCAAACAGCAAGGAAAAUACAGUAAAGACAGGAAAGCUGAUCACCUUCGCCUCAUGCCAACAAUUCUCAAUGUAUAAAACAGAAGCAAAGACGUAGUCCCUGUAAAUAGUAAGAGAUGCCGAUAGAAGAUUGAACAGUGCUGAAUAUUAUUAUUUAUUAUAGUAUUUUUUAAUUCUUUUAGCCAGUUGACCAGUGUUUGUAACGCGGAUAAAGAAUGCAUUUUUUUUUCGGAAUUUUUUUCUCUCUCUAGAAGGUGACUGUGUGCCAGACUUCCUUUUGAGUUUUUUUUUUUACAGGCUUGAUGCUUGUCUUUGGUGGGGAGGAAAAAAAAGAUUUAUUGGAAUCGCCCCUUUAAUAAUCACCCCUUUGAUAUUUUUUUUUGUAACGUUUGAUCAAUUCAAUAAAAUUUAAGAGUUAAGUCAACAUCGAAACGACUGGAAGUUACGUUAUUUAAUCGUUAAACGUUGUGAGUUAUGAGAAGUCAAACAGCUUGUGUCAGUAUUCAGCAUUGAGCGGGUAAAAAAGGAUGUCACAACCAAUACAGACCUUAAGUGGCCAAAACAGGAAUCCUAUUCAAUCUAAUCGGAGUCCUGAUAACACAUCACAUAUGUAUCUGAAAGCCCCUGUUAAGUAAUUUUGUUUAUCCAGUUUGCACAUCCUGACUCCUUGUAUAGCUCACACCAGACGCUCUAUCGAGCUCUUCAAGAUAAGUUUUGUUUUACUGAGGAGAUAUUAACCAGCCCGAGGCAGCAAGCGGAAAUGUAUAUAUUUUUCCCCCAAUAACUAUUAUUUAAUGUGUCAGAGCACAGGUUCUGCGAAGUGCAUAUUUGCAAUAAAUAAAUGCUGUGGAUGAUGUUACAGAACAAAGCUCAGUCGUGUUUCAUACAGACGUAUUCCUAUCCAUCUACUUGCAGAUUACUUUGAAAUAUUUUACUUGCCCAUCGUGCUAGGGUUUUCCAAAGUAAAUGGCCAGUAAUGGAUUUGUAAGUGUCUAAAAUCUGUACAGUUAUUUGUUGUUAAAAAAAUAACAUGUGUACCAAACAAAAGCUCGUGAGAAA